GUCUGAUGGUGGAGUUACGAAAGUUCCCUUUUCGCUUUUAUAUAACAGGGAAAAAAGGAUUUUUCUUCAGACCUGUCAAUUUGAAGUCACUUUUGUCCCACGUGGGUCAGUUCUGGUUUUCCAUUUGCUCCUUAAUUAAGGAUUAAUUACCUCGUUUAGUUUGCACGAAUUUGCACGGGCUUUUCUACGCCAUACGUCUUUUCAGUGGAAUUCGGCGUUUGUCAACAUCAAUCUAAGAGUUUUUUUAUCUUAAAAAGUUGUGAAUAGUUCUCGUUCGAAAGCUCCACAAAAAUUUCUUGAAAGAGGUUAAAUCUUCAGGUCGACUUGUCUUGGAGGUCUGGAUUCUAAGGUAAGGUAAGACCGCGAGAAGUCUGGAAAACAAGAUGGCGGUGAAGUUGGACGAAUUGACAAAUGUUAGAACUUUCCGAGCCUAGCAAAGUUCAACAAUGGUCCUGGAUUCAGGAUAGUCCGAUGAAAAAUGCUUACUCCAGUCUUUGAACUGAGCCAAGAUGAUGAGUUUGUUGUAGUCAUCAUCAAGACUCCGUAUGUCAAGCCUGCCGAUGUCGAUUUCUGCAUUAACGACACGGAAUUUAAAUUUUAUGUCAAGCCAUACUUCCUAAGGCUUAAUUUACCAGGAGAGAUUGUUGAAGAUGGAAGGGAGUCAGCAUCAUAUGAUGUUGAGAAAGGGACAUUCACAAUUAAGCUUCCCAAGCUACAUCCUGGAGAGACCUUUGAGAACCUGGACCUAUUAACAACACUUUUGGCACCAAGAAAGAAGUCCCCUGUGGGAAUUAAACCCCUCAUUGAAGUUGUUGGCAGUGAUGACAGAUGUAAAGACAAUAAUCAAGAAAAUGAGAGUAGCAGCGAUGAUGAUGAUGAUGAUGAUGAUGAUUACAAUAACUUUGACUGGGAAUUUGAUCAACAGUUGGCAACAUUGCAUCAGGAAAAUCCAGACACCAGCCUUGGGGAUACAAAAUAUGGAUUUGCCAAUCAAAAGAGUGGAAUAUUUAAAGGACGGGAAGCAGAACUUCAUGAGAUAUCAGAGAUAACUGAUCCUGACUCUAUGACCCUGAAAGAAAGACGAGAAGCCAGGCUUGCAGCUGAGGACAUCAAGUUUGAUGAGGAAUAUUAUCUGGCUGAUUAUUUCAAUGAAGAUCAAAUUCAACAUCUCCUGGACUACAAGCCACCUUGGGAGGUUGAAUAUCUGCGAUACAACGAAAAUCUUUCCAAGGAUAAAACAGAACAUUCAAGUGGGGCUGAUGAGACAACAGUUCAGUUUACAGAUGAAGAGAAAGACCGGUUAAGAAGGCUUCCAAAUAAGGAUUACCUUCUAGAUGACAAAGAGGAGUUUCCACUGUUCCUUGGUCUUGUGGACAUUAUUUACGCAUACACAUAUAAUCAUCGGACUACAGAAGGAGAAAAUACGGUUGAAUCACCGUGGACUAUUUCCAGAAUAAGUUCCACAUUCUCAUGGUUUGAGUCUUUUAGUAGCAUUCAUGAUGUUGUGAUAUCUUGUGUCCGUCGCUCAUUGUCCUAUCCUCUCUAUCGCCACUGGUCACUGGUCAUGGCAGUUUUAGAGGACACCAAGAGAAUCUUCACACUUGGUCGUAGACAGCUGUUAAAGUGUUUACUGGAAAUCCACUCCCUGUGUCGCGAGGAGGACCCUUGGUUUCUGCUAAAUGAACUUUACUUGACCGAUUACUGUGUCUGGAUACAGAAAGCCAGGUCAAGUGAUGAUGUGGUUCAGUGGUCAGUAUAUUUGAUAUCGUUUUCUUUCGUCUUUCUCUUGGAACAGCCGCAAGAAGCUUUCUUCUUUAGCGCAAGGCCUUCAGCAGGUCCAGAUUCAUAAAAGCGACUUGUCCUGGCAGUUAGAGGAACUGGAAUUGGCUGCUAGUCUGGUUCUAAAAGAAGAACGAAAUAACGAGCAAGGAAAGAGACUGGAA